AUGCCACCCGAGUCAAGCGGCAUGACCAUGAUGCGGAUGUUCGUGCAAGAGCUGCCAUCAUGCGACCGGCGAUACAUGCGGGAUAUUUGCAUGGAGACCGGACGCGCCGCUUUCGACUUGUUAGGCGGCUACCCUACGGCACAUGUCGAGAGAAUCGCCAAAAAUGCCGAACACCUGAACUUAGCUCGCACAUUGAUUGAGGAAAUCCGCCCAAAAUCAGUCUACCCCUGCCUCACGCACCGCCAGCUAAGUGUAACGAGCCCUUUCACAACUAUGGAGGUGGAGGUGGAGGUGGUUGUCGGGACGAUUACAUUCGAAUUUCUGGCCGUGGAUGCAACCCGAGCUGGCACCAACUCAUUGGAUGCACUCCAGGCGGCGUAUCACCAGGCGCGGAAUAUCUUCGUCCUGGCGUCGACCUCAUUUACGCUGGAUCGAACGACAUUCUGA